GGCGGCACCGCCCCUCCCCUCACAUGACCGAUGGCGAGGUUUUUAUCGCGCCCGCUCGCUUUCCACUCUCGUCCCUCGUUGCUUCGCGGUGUCUCUGCGUCUGCUACCGGGAGCAUGGAGCUGCGCUGCUGCUCCCCCUGCCUCCUCUUCCUGCUGCUGCUCGGCACCUCCGGUUUUUUCCAAUCCUGUGCAGUGGAAGUAGAUGUAAAAGAUGCUUCUAAUGCUACGUGCCUGUAUGCAAAAUGGAUGAUGAGAUUCUUGAUAAAAUAUGAAACAAACAGUAGUGAUUAUAAAAAUGCAACCUUGAAUUUGUCAUCCGAUGUGACACACAAUGGAAGCGUCUGUGGCAAUGACACACAAGCUGCACUUCUGGCAGUGCAGUUUGGAGAAGGUCACUCUUGGAGCGUUAACUUUACAAAAACCAAUGAAACUUACCAGGGGGACUUUAUCACAUUUACCUACAACACCAAUGAUACCACUGUAUUUCCUGAUGCUAAAAGAAAAGGACCAAUUACUGUUGUUGUAAAGGAUACUAUGCAUCCAGUUCAACUGAAUAAUGUCUUCGUGUGUCAUAAUACUGACUUUUUUGAAGCAGAAAAUGUAACACAGGUUUUCUGGAAUGUUACUGUGCAGGCUUUUGUUCAGAAUGGCACGAUUGGUAAAAAAGAGUCCAGAUGUCAUGCUGACAUGCCUACUUCUGCACCUACUGUUCCACCUACUAUUGCUAAUGUAACUACUGCAUCUACCACCACUUUAUCACCUGCUCCAACCACUGCUCCCAAACCUGUGGAGAAUCCAGACACAGGAAACUAUUCUCUUAAAAGUGGAAAUAAAACUUGUCUCCUGGCUACUGUGGGGCUGCAGCUGAACGUUUCCCAAGACAAGCCUCUUCUGAUCAACAUCAAUCCAAAGACAACUAGCGCAGAUGGUACAUGUGGUAAUACGACAGCUACUCUGAAAUUGAAUGAUCGAAAUAGCACAUUGAUUGGUUUUACAUUUGUUGUUAAAAAUGCCAGUGCAAGUGUACAAAAAUUUUAUCUGAAAGAGGUGAAUGUUACACUGCUCAACCGUCUGAAUGGUUCUGUCAUUUCAAGUGCAGAUAACAGCAAUUUCAGCCAGUGGGAUGCUUUCCUUGGUAGUUCUUAUAUGUGCCGAAAAGAGCAAACUCUUGAGAUUAAUGAAAAUCUUCAAAUACAUACUUUUAAUCUAUGGAUUCAGCCAUUCCUUGUGAAGGCAGAUAAGUUUUCUACAGCUGAAGGUGGUAGCCCAGAGGCGGACAACUUCAUUGUAGCAGUAGGAACAGCUUUGGGAGAAUUAGUUGUCCUAGUACUUGCUGGCUUUGUUGGUUACAAGAAAUGCUGUAAUACUGGAUAUGAGUAGUUUUAAAAUGUGAAAGUUUAACUUUAUUAAAAAGAAAAAAAAAUCUGAACUCAAAAGACAUUUUGCUGAGUCAGGCAAAUGGUUUGUUAAAAACAAACCUGGUUCAGAAAUGAUGCAGAAUGUAUUGUCAUGGUUUGUUUGAACUUAACAACUUAGAAUAUGUUCUGGUUCAUAAUCGAAUGAUGAAUUAAUUUCAAUUCUUCCAAAAUAUGACACUUUUAAUUUGAGAAUAUUAAAGACGUGCAGUGGCAUUAUGUGAAUAAAAAUAGUUCUGUUCUGUGGAAACAGCAUUUAACUUGUGUGUGCUUGUGGAUGUUGAAUAUUAAUGUGUAUAAUUGUGGUGGGUUAACCCUGGCUGGAGGCCAGGUGCCCCCCAAAGCUGCUCUGUCACUGCCCUCCUCAGCUGGGCAGGAGAGAGGAAAUAUAACAAAAGGCUCAUGGGUGGACAUAAGGACAGGGAGAUCACCCAGCAAUUACUGUCAGGGGCAAAACAGGCUCAACUUGGGAAAAUUAAUUUAUUACCAAUCCAAAUCAGAGUAGGAUAAUGAGAAAUAAAACCAAAUCUUUAAACACCCCACCCCUCCCUUCUUCCCAGGCUCCACUUCACUCCCCAUGACUCUACCUCCUCACCCUGAGCAGCACAGGGGGUCAGGGAAUGGGGGUUGUGCUCAGUUCAUCACAUGUUGUCUCUGCUGCUCCUCUCUCCUCACACUCUGCCCCUGCUCCAGUGUGGGGUCCCUCCCACAGGAGACAGUCCUCCAUGAACUUCUCCACCAUGAGUCCUUCCCCCAGGCUGCAGUUCUUCACCAGCUGCUCCAGCGUGGGUCCCUCCCAUGGGGUGCAGACCUUCAGGAGCAGACUGCUCCAGCGCGGGUCCCCCACGGGGCCACAGGUCCUGCCAGGAGCCUGCUCCAGUGUGGGCUUCCCACAGGGUCACAGCCUCCUUCAGGUGCCUCCACCUGCUCUGGUGUGGGGUCCUCCAGAGGCUGCAGCUGGAAUCUCUGCUCCCCAUCAUCCUUCCUCCAUGGGCUGCAGGGGGACAGCCUGCCUCACCAUGGUCUUCACCACGGGCUGCAGGGGGAUCUCUGCUCCGGCGCCUGGAGCACCUCCUCCCCCUCCUUCUGCACUGCCCUUGGUGUCUGCAGAGUUGUUCCUCUCACAUCUUCUCACUCCUCUCUCUGGCUGCAAUUGCUCCUGGUGUUGCACAGGUUAAAUACGUUAUCGCAGAGGCACUACCACCAUCGCUGAUGGGCUCAGCCUUGGCCAGCAGCGGGUCCAUCUUGGAGCUGGCUGUUGGACAUGGGGGAAGCUUCUCCCAGAAGCCACCCCUGCAGCCCCCCGGCUACCAAAACCUUGCCAUGCAAACUUAAAACAAUAAUCUAUGAUAGACUGUGGUUUGUUUUGAUUGCUUUUGACUGUGCCUUAUAUGCAGUUUACUAAAUAUUAAAAUUUUGCUCUAAGGUACCAAGAUUUCUGAUCUUUUAACUUAAAGGUGCCAUGCUAGUAGUCCUCAAAAGAAGCUUUUCCUGCCAAUGAACACUUUUUUUUUUCAUUUUUAAAUUUACCACAGUGUUCUCUAUUGUAUAGCAUAUACCAAUAAAAACACAAAAUUUUGGGCAUCUCAUGAUUGGAAUUAAAAGGAAAGAUAGCCCCUUCCUGGGGCUAAAAAUUUUGGGGGCCAAAAUUACUGAUUAUUUUGAAUGGAGUCACAUUCAACCAAAUAUGUCAAAAAAGCUAUUUCUCCUGGGCUGAAUGUGGAGUCUGCUUGUGGUGGUAUGCAGGUACCAGGUUCUGCAUUUGAAGACACUUCUCCGAAGCUUCUAUCCAUUGUACAGUGACAAUACAUGGAUGGAUGCAUGCCAACAGAAGUGGCAAACUGGAGAGAGGUAAAGGAUGGGAUAUUCCUGGUAUGAAACUUUAAACCCUUUUUUUUGCCUGGGAAUUCCUUGUAACAGUUCUGUGGUGUGAUGUGUAUUGCAGUGAUCUCCUUCCCUUAAAGAAAAGAGAAAGGGAAUUUCUGUUGCUGCCUGUUGGGCACCUUUUGUCCUUAGCAAAUUCAUUCAUGUUUAGUAUUAAUGGCCUGUUAUCCAACAUGUAGUAAUUAAAUUGUGUAUGUCGAUCUUCAGUGAACAAAGAUGACUAAACAUCAAAUGCAGUUCUCUUUUUAAGAUGCUUAAAUGCUUUCUCAGUAGUCAGAAUAUUUUUAAAUAGCUCACUGUAUAAGGUACGUAUUUCCUUUCCUCUUUUUUUCCCUUUUAAGUGUUGCUCUGCUUGGCAGUAGGUGCCUUCAGAUUGUCCAAGUUUAGUAUUUUCAGGUGCUGUUUUCUUUCUCUUAGCCAAAGGUUUUGUAUAGCCUUUCGUGAAGGGGUAGUGGCAAGUGUGUACUGGACUGUAGUGAGCUAAACGAGACAGUAAAUGUUCCAUAACUAAGGCUGAUCCAGUUAGAGGCUCAAAUGGUUUAAAUAUUCACUGAAAACAAUAGCUAACUUUGGAUAAAGCAUGGAAUGUGUGCGUGACACUCUGCUCUAAUAUAAAUGCAAGCAAAAAGGUUUUAUAAGGAGCUCUGCUUUAUUAAAAGCAUGUAAGUCAAGCACCUUCACGGUGUUGCAGGGUACACAGACGCUGUAUCGUAUCUUCAAAACAUCUUGGCACCGCGCAGGUGGAGCUCUGCUCUCCUUACAAACGGGAAGAAUGCCAAGCCCUGCCUCCACGUCCAAGGUGUAUCGCUGAGUCUGAAAUCAGUUCCCAGUCUUGUUUGCUAACCCUUGCAUCAGUGUUUGUAUCGGCAAGUCCAUCGCAUAUUUUGCAACCUGUCUAUUAAAAACCACUGUAGCAUUACAGCUGUCUCUUUUUUUUUUCUCCUAUGUUGAUUUUGGUUAGGUUCUCAGCUGAAACUGAUAAUCCUUUCCUUGUAUUUGGAUUGAAAAUAAAGUUACCCACCCAAAGAGAGAGUCUGUCAGUUUUUUCCAUUCAGUGCUUACAGUGUAUGUAUCUCGGCUGUCCCCUGCAGUUUUCAGUCCAUUUCUACUGUGUUACUUGGUUUGCAGUCUGUUAUUUCUCUUCAUGUCUAGAACCUAGAGAAGUGCUGGUAACUCGAGGGUUUGCAAAAUCACUUGGCCAAGGCAGUAAUAUCCCCGCCUGUCUUUUUUUUGUUGCUCUAUUGCUGUUAACUCUGAUGUGUGAUCAGCUAAUGUGUGCUCUGACUGCUGGUUUGUCCUCAUGUUUCUAAUCAGAGGGGACUGUUCGCUAGAGGAAGAUGAAAUUAGAUGUACAAAUUGGAAGAAGUAUAUUACCAGUACAAAUGAUGUGUGUAGUAUAUAUGUUUAAAGAAAUUAAGUAUACAGAUUUAAAGAAAUCAAUCUAUCGAUUCUUUACUCAAUACUGAUUUUACUUUAGAUGUAUUAUUGUAUCUAAUACAGUGUAAGUUCUCAAAAAUGUCUGUUUGCUCCUUGCUUUCUUUGGUUUCUAAUGCUUGAUUUC